CAUGUCUCCCCCUUUACCACCCCGUCCCUCCUUUCGCCUCAAUCCGAGCAUACUCGAACGUACAGGCACUACGGGGUGAUUCUUUGUCCAGGUCGGGCGCCGAGAGAGCCCACUUCUGGAAGGAUUUCGCAUCUAUCUCCACCAAAAGCUCUAAGCCUUUGUAUAUUCUCUCCCUCGCCGGCUCACCGCUACUCUGCUUUAGUGCUGCUUGUCUGCUUCCCUCUUUCCCACUCUUCAAAAUCUGCGUAUCACCAAUACAAAGCACUCUCUGCUUAGUGAUGACUUGCUGAAAUUUAAAAUAAGAAAAAGAAAAUCAUCGAGUGAUAUGUCUCAUUACCUUUGUGCCCAAAAGAGGCGGCAUUUGGUUUUCACUCAGCUGCGUAGGACCGCCACUUACAGGGGCACCACCAGUUCUGCUUACCCCAUCGUUUCAACUUUCGGAACAUUUGUUGAUGCUAUCCUUUUCAAGAGUUAUGGAAUUGCUCAUCUGCGUAACAGCUUUAGGAGUUCGAUUCAAGCCACUAUGAGAUUUUGCACGCUCUCUGUCUCCGGGGAUGACGCGUGUGCCAAGUUGGAGAAAUCGCAACUUCAUUCCAAGAAUACAAAAGAGGCUACUUUUGUCGCCAAAAAACAUAUUGAUUUCACCAAAAUUGACAUCAAUCUGCUUCCCACUGUCAUGAUCGUUGGUCGCCCCAAUGUAGGGAAGUCUGCCUUGUUUAACCGUUUGAUUAGGAGGAGAGAGGCCCUUGUGUACAACACACCUGAUGAUCAUGUCACUAGAGACAUAAGAGAAGGGCUUGCUAAAUUGGGGGAUCUUCGGUUUAGGGUGUUGGAUUCUGCUGGCUUGGAAACUGAAGCCUCUUCGGGAUCUAUUCUUAGUAGAACAGCUGGCAUGACUGCAAAUGUGCUAACUAGAUCUCAAUUUGCAAUUUUCCUAAUUGAUGUCAGAACUGGACUACAUCCCUUGGAUAAGGAGGUUGGAAAGUGGUUGCGCAGGCAUGCACCAGGAGUCAAUCCUAUAGUUGCGAUGAAUAAAUCUGAAUCACUUCAUUAUGAUACAGACUCUUUUGCUGAAGGUGCCAUGGAAGCCCAGAUAUUAGGAUUUGGUGAACCCAUUGCUAUAUCUGCUGAGACUGGGCUGGGUAUGGUGGCACUUUAUGAAGCUCUUCGGCCAAUGCUUGAGGAUUAUAUGGUCAGAGUUUUAGAUGACAACAGUAGCCAAGAUGAAAACUUCAAGCCAAGCAGUGACUGCUGUAAGGUUGAUGAGUCUAAGCUGCCACUACAAUUAGCUAUUGUAGGACGACCCAAUGUGGGGAAGUCUACGAUACUAAAUACAUUGUUACAAGAAGAUCGUGUUCUGGUUGGUCCUGAAGCUGGUUUGACUAGAGAUUCAGUGAGAGCACAGUUUCAAUAUCAAGGAAGAACUGUAUAUCUGGUUGAUACUGCUGGUUGGUUGCAAAGAGCUGAUCGGCAGAAAGGACCAGCUUCAUUGAGUGUUAUGCAAUCAAGAAAAAAUCUGAUGAGGGCUCAUGUAGUUGCUUUGGUUCUUGAUGCUGAAGAGAUUGCAAAAGCUAGGCGUAGCAUGACACAUGCAGAAGUAGUUAUAGCAAGACGAGCAGUGGAAGAAGGUCGUGGUCUGGUUGUAAUUGUGAACAAGAUGGAUCUUUUAAAGGGGAAAAGAAAUUCUACAUUAUAUAAAAAGGUUGUGGAAGCUGUUCCUCAAGAAAUUCAGAUGGUUAUGCCCCAGGUGACUGGUAUACCGGUUAUAUUCAUUUCAGCAAUUGAGGGCAGGGGACGUACAGCUGUUAUGCGCCAAGUUAUUGAUACAUAUGAUAAGUGGUGUUUAAGGUUGUCCACAGCUCGUCUUAACCGUUGGUUGCGUAAGGUUAUGAGCAGGCAUUCUUGGAAAGACCAGGGUGCUCAAACCAAGAUCAAGUACUUCACCCAGGUGAAAGCUAGGCCUCCUACUUUUGUUGCCUUUCUGAGUGGGAAGACCAUGCUCUCAGAUACAUAUGUGAAGUUUCUAACAAAGUCUUUGAAGGAAGACUUUGAUUUGGGCGGAAUUCCCAUUCGGAUCAUGCAGCGGUCUGUUCCUAGAGUAUCUGGAGGUAGUGGCAGUAAGAGUGGCCAAUCUAUCGGCAGAGGAGUUGGAAGGAUCCUGUCGGACAAGAGAAGUGUUGAUGCUUAAGCAUGGCAAGUUUAACUUGAACGGAGGGUCCUGCAGUUGAUAUUCGUUCAUUAUUUUUUGGCUUACAGUUUUUGUUAUCUUUUGGAAUAACUUUGUGCAUACAUAUAGUUGCAUAUGCGCAUGCAUGUGCUGUUAAAACAGGUCAACAAGUAAACGUGUAAUAUAUAACUUUAUUCAUUUUAUGUUAUAUGUUACAUAAUUUUUAUCUUUAA